AUGCUAACGCUUGUCCUGCAGAGAGACAACCAGAUCGAAAACCUCAUCCCGGUUUUGAUGCUGAAUGAAGGCAUCGACUGCCACGAGGCCAUGCAACUAGGGUUCCGUCUGGUGCAGGACAUCGCCGACGCUUUCCAUGAAGUAGAAGCCAGCAUGCGGGGCACAUGUCACGGCUCAUCCAGCAAGGUCUCAAAAAUGUUCAUCGAAGGUUGCAAAAACGUGGCCAUGGGGUUGACACAUUGGAGCUAUUCGGGACAACGCUACUUCAAGCCCUCUGAGAUCGGCGAAGGAAAUGUGAUCAAAUUCAAGAUUUAG